ACUGUAAACAGAUAUUUGUUAAACCCAACAUUUUAAUAAUUUUUCAAAACAAUUUAUUUAAAUCGAGGUCCGCCCUUUGUUGGGAAUAACAUUAGGAUGACGUCUCCGCAGGGUUACCUGACUCAUUAAUGCCAGUCGUAGUGUUGGCUUCGUUGAAAUAACAACCAUGAUGUUACUAUGGCUAUUGCUGAUGGCGCAACUGGCUUGGCCGACAUCAGCACUGUACCACGAAAAAUCUUUGAAAGUAUUUCAACCAGGAGAUCUCAAGUCACCACUGAGAAAAGAGGCCAACUUUGGAUUUAGCAUCGCUUAUCAAUCUGCUACUCAAAGUUUGAUCAUAAGCGCUCCAACAGCGGAUUACAUCGGCAGAAUAUAUUCUUGCGACAUUGAACUGAAAAGAAAUUGUACUGUCGUGCCGUAUGACAUCAAGAGAGACGACCCUCUGUAUAACCAUGAUUACUGGCUGGGUGCGACAGUGAAGGCGGGCCCUGACUAUUUUGUCACGUGUGCUCCGCGUUACGUCGAAGUGGGUAGUUCGUACAACCUACCCGGUGAAUUCAGCCAUUGUUAUAGAUCAUCCAAGCACUCCAAACUACUCCCUAUUAGUCAAAUAAGUAGCCAACAGCGAAGAGUUAACACAAAAAAAUUCGAGGAUGAAAUGGAUUCAUUUGGAUGGAGUAUGGAUUUGAAGGACAGGAAAAUUCUAUUUGGAGGCCCUGCUAUGUUCUCAGGACGUGCAAUGGCAUCUGCCGAUUCAGCGAUAACAUCAAUAAGUGGACAUUCGAAAGGUGUAGACGUCAAAUACAAUUUAGGUUACAGUGUCGCAAUAGGCGCUUUCUUUUCUGACAAAAUCGUUUAUGCUGUUGGAUCGCCUUUUGGACAAAACGGCCGCGGAAAGGUGGUUUUCUUCAAUAAGGAUUGGAAAGUAAUGUCGUCUAUAAGUCAUAAAAAUAUUGGCACGAUGUUUGGCGCGGUGCUGGCGACUGCCCAUAUAUUCAGUGAUUCACUGACUGACUUGCUCGUGGGAGCGCCGACCGAGGCUGCAAAUCACGACUACGACACCGGAGCUGUUUACUAUUACAAAACUGGGAGUCGACGUAGUGUACAAAUGAGCAUUGAACAUACAAAAAUUAUUAGUGGGUACCAACCGGGAUCGCUCUUCGGCAGCGCAAUCAUAAGUGUCGGCGACUUGAAUGGCGACGGAAAAGAUGAAAUAGCGAUUGCUGCGCCGUACGAGGAUGAGGGCAAAGGCGCUGUUUACCUCUACUGCGGGUCCUCAUUCCUGGAUGCAUCAUCGAAUGUGUUGCUUCAACGACUCCAGCCAGAAGGCCUCCACACCUUCGGCUUGAGCCUGUCCUCUCCCAGCGACUACGAUGAAAAUGGAUGCAAUGAGCUGGCGAUUGGCGCCCCACAGGACAAUGCAGUAGUGUUGUACAAGUGCUUGGCGUCUGUUGUGCUGACAGUCUUCGCCGUAUUUCCCAACCUCCGGGAUCGCAGAAAUGUAAAAAGUCCGUAUCCUGAUAGAAAUGAAACUUAUUUCGUUUUCGAUUCGUGUUUUGACGUCAAAUACCCGAAGAAACUAAAAACUGUUAUAGCGAAAAUUGAAGUAACCGUCCAAAUUAAACACCCGGACGCAACCUUAGCGAUGCCUCACAAAGACGGAAAGUACAAUGUCACACUAGAUAUAAAGAAAACACGGUAUUGUGAAAAAAUUGGAGUAAGCACGCCUGAGCACGGCAACUACAACAUAAAAAUAUUUUACAAUAUACAAGCUCGUUUAGUAAACUCUCCGAUCAACGAGACGGAUUUCGACGGCAAACGCGUCAUCCUGAGCGGGCGUAGUGAGUUAUCAAUAUCGGACAAUGUAUGGGCCGCUGAGUGUAAGGUCCAGAAUGCUUGCAAAGCAGAUUUGAGCCUGAAGAUAGCGACCUCGCCGCGGGGAUCAUACAUGAUCGGGUCUAUGGAGCCUAUAAAAGUGAAUAUGAUAUUAGAAAACAAAGGUGAAAUAGCUUACGACGCCUGCGUGGAACUGCAGCUAGAGGGAGCGGCAAUGAAGAAAACACCAACUACCUCCUGCACUCAUCACCCACUUACUAACACGUUGAAAUGUGCACCCAGCUAUGCACUGAAGACCGAUAAAUCCUGGGAAACUACAGACAUAAUACUAAAAACAGAAACCUUGACAAACAAAAAUAAGCAAAUUAAUUUAACGUCACGUUUAUACGAGCAUUGUACUGAUCCUGCAACAUUUAAAGAACAAAACUAUACUAUUACUGUACUAGCGAAUUCUGAAGGGAUUACUGUAAAUGGAAAAACAAACAUCGGUGACGUAGUGAGCAUGACGACAUUAGAAGUAACUGAUUCAGGAAAACAGUUUCAACAUAAUUACAUGAUACAAAACGACGGGAUCACAUGGGAGGAUGUGACUUGUGAAAUCAUAUUGCCCAAGUUGCCCUACGUCAACUACCCACAAAAAGCUGUUACGGUUUUUAUUCAGCAAAAUAGUUUCGAGUGUAAUAUGACUGACGAUUUGAGCCCUGACUACAUAACUGCAAAUUGUAAGCUGAGUAGCAUCAAACAGAACAUAAUUACUUUCAUCAUUGUCUUAAUACAAGUGCCGCCAACAACGCUCGAUGACAUUCUCUAUAAGCAAAAUGUGACCAUAAAAUCAACAUUGAAGCUUCACUUUGACGAUGGCGACAAAACAUACAGUGUGGCGACCGAAGUGAUGCUGAGAGACACAGGCAUACCCUGGUGGAUAAUAUUAUUGGCGGCGCUAAUUGGCCUCUUGAUACUAAUCAUCCUUAUACUGAUUCUUCGCCAGUAUGGUUUCCUUAAAAGGAAAGAAAGGAAAAAGCUACAAGAGUUAAGGAAGAGUGUACGGAGACAAACGGUUAGACGCUCCAUGAUGCAGCAGCAGGUAGAAGAUCGUCAAAGAUUAACCGAUGUACCGAUAGAAGCGACUGAAACUGACGUACCGUGCGGCAUAGAACCAGACCAUAGAGUAGAAGUAAAUAUUAAAUGAUUUUACCGCAUUAGCAACGUGCCAUUCACUACUUAUUUACCACUAGAGUUGGCGUUUGGUGUUACAUAUUAUAAGUCCAUUAAUAUUUCCAUAUAUAUUAUAAGUCCAUAAAUUAAACUACAUUUGCUGACUUUGUGCCAGAAAUCAUCCAUUAAUUAUAACUCAUAUUUUUACCAAAAAUCCUGGUUUUAGUUUACUGACUUUUUUUAUAAUUUUGUAGUUUAAUGUAAGUAUGAGUGUAUUUCUGACUGAAAGUAUCAUGUUGCCGCUGUGACGAAUUCUCUUAAGAGUCAUAAGUAGUGGCAUUAGGGCAUGUAAAAUUACUUUUUAUUUAUAUUUAUUUUGUUCGAAACUUUGAAUUUUUUUAUUUUAAAUCUACGCUGAAGUACCUUAUUGUAAAGUGUUAUUUCCAAAUAGGUAAAUAUGUAGUUUUAUUUAGUAACGCAAUAUCAAAAUGACCCUGUAUUUUUAUCUUGCAUCAUGAUUAAUAGUGCAUUGUAAUUUAUGUCUUAUUCAUUAAUUAAGGGCUGAUUUGUCAAUCGUCAGACAUCUAUUUAACCUAACUGAAUAAUAAAAGUGUGCCAAUUGAUAACUUACA